AAAUGAAGAAUGUGUUUCUCGGACACUGAACCCUUUUCCCUUUUCCUCUUCUCUUCUACUACAACUAUUCCAUUCCUCUCUCAUUAUUCCUUCACUUUCUCUCUCUAGUUUCUGCAUUUUUCUCUCUCUAAAAAAUGGGUACUUGCUUGAGCAAGAAAACUACUUCUCCUCCUCCUCCUCCUCCUAGAGCACUUCCAUGCCCACCAGAUCAAACCAAACUGAGUACCGAAGUAGCGAAGAACACGACAGAGGAAGAAACUACGAAGAAGGAAGUACUAGUCAUAAAGCACAGAAAGAGCCAUGACAUUGAUAGGCACUCUGAAGAAGAGAAAAAGGGUAGAGAAGACCAGAAGGUCGCCUCUACUACGACCACCACCACCACGACCACAGCCACUACUAGUACUACUACAUCUGAAGCAGGUAAUAUCUGUAAUGGUGGAUUUAGUAAUGGUGGCAGCGUAGUGGUGAGGACAUCAAGCUGCACCAAAGAAGAGGUUGAUGCCAUUCUGAUCCAGUGUGGACGGCUUAGCCGGAGCUCUUCAUCCAAGAAGGCCGGUGGGUCAUCUGACAACACGGGCAAUCCCCACCGCGGCCUUAAGUACUCUGGUUCAAAGAGGAGUUAUGACUUUGACAAUGAGACUGCGAAAGGCAAUGGUACUUAUGAUGACAAUGUUGUUGAUGAGACUGCUGCAGGGGAGAGAAUCAACCGGCAGCGUCAGCGCCAAUCUAGGGGUUCUCCUUCGCCGUCCCAUAGGAGGAGGAGGACACCUAGCAGAGAAAGAGACCAACAACCGCAGCAGCAGCGUUCGGGCAGCAGGGAGAGAGGCAACAGUGGUGGUGGGAGAAGGGUGAGCCGGUCCCCGGGUAGAAGAAAUGGUACUAAUGGUGUUGCUGAUUCUACACCAUCAUCUGCCAAUGGUGGUGAUAGUUGUAGACCUGGAAAGAUAGUCUCCGUCCCUGCUACAGUUUCUUCGUUGGCAAUGGAUAAGAGCAACAAUGGUGGUGGUGCAGAACCUCUGUCUGCUGCUGCAAAGAAAAGGAUCUCGGUGAAGAGAAACACAGCUCGCUCUUGCUCCCCUGCAAGGGCAAAUGUUAGAGCUUCUAAUGAAAACCAGGAUGCCCACUCCAACCAACACAAGCAACAGCCAUUGUCCCUCAGCCGCAGCAAUUCAAGGAAAGCUGAUCAAUCUCCUUACAGAAGAAACCCCUUGAGUGAGAUCGAUACAAAUAUAACCGGAUCGGAACAAAUGACCCUGCCCAACAACAACAUUCUGCCUCAGCAGGCUGCAAUGCACAAGCCAAACAUUGAGAAUGCAAGUAACAAGAAAGUAGUAGUGCAAGGGAGUGAGAACAAAACCAGUCAAAAAGGUGCCGCGGACAAGAUUGUUACUGUGAAUUUGAGAGGAAAGGAGCAGCAGCUGGUUGUGGAAGAGGCUAAAGGAUUGCAAUCAAUGGCCAGGGAUAUUACAGUGACUGCAAUUGCAUCAGGAGAUGAUAGCCUUAAACCCCAAACCUUAGUAAGAAGCAGAUCAUCUAGGCGAUCCCGAGACCUUGACCUCAAUCCUGAGACACUACUGAAUCCAAAUACCAAUCCCAAUCCCAAUCCCAAUCCCAAUCCGACCUAUGCUGCAUUAUUGCUUGAAGACAUCCAAAACUUCCACCAAAAGAACACCAACGCAGUUUCUCUCCCACCUUGUGUUACCAAGGCCUGUUCCAUCCUCGAAGCAGUUGCUGACCUCAACUCUUCUACAAGCUCCAAUCUGUCCUGCACUGAAGAGAGAAGAAGAAGAAGCCCCACAAGUGAGCAGCUUAACAAGAACACUGACAAUUUUUCUUUAGGAGCCAAUCCUGUUGGGAAGAAGAGAAUAGACCCUUUUGUAGAGUCUGAAGUGGUCGUUGCUGAUGAUCUGAUUGAGCCGAGUCUUCACAAGUAUGUAACCACUAGGGGUGGUACAGUGGAAGUGGAGAACAUGGAGGAGCAAGAAUCCUCAGGGAGCAACAGCUUUGUGAGUGGUCAACUGCACUGGGUUUCUUCCACUUCAUGGGAACCAAAUUCAGCUGAUUCAACAGAUUGCUGGACAUCUUCGAGGUCCGGUUCUAGAGAUGAUCGGAUUCCACUGAGCUUUCAGAGGCAUGCUUUAUCUGAGCCAGGAGGCUGUAAUAUAGAUGAUGCCAAAAGAAGACUGAUUGGAAAGAAAAGGGAAGCGCAUCAGCAGAUAGGACUAGCGCAUUGCUGAGUUGGUUUUAGAAGAGGUCUUCACACGCUACCUGCUGCUGUAGCUGCUUCAGCUUAUGGAUUGAUCUUUUCAGUUGUAACUUUUCAUUCAGAAAAGAUUGUUUUUUGUGGUUGCAUACUUUGCAACCUUUUAUGAAGUUUUACUGUUAACAGCCGUUUGGUUCACCCCAGUUCUUUUAUCUCUUGGUAUUGAUUGAACAUAUUGCAUAAUCUCAUUUCAAAUACACAUUAGUCAACAUUCCUAAACU